AUGGAGAAGGUGCUACAGAGGUUUCGGAUGAAUGAAGCAAAACCGGUGAGCACUUCAUUAGCAUACCACUUCAACCUUUCUGUUGAUCAGUGCCCCAAGUCGGACAAGGAGACUCACGAUAUGGUGGAGAUACCUUAUGCCAGUGCUGUUGGAUGUCUGAUGUAUGCCAUGCCACAACAAUCCAUUUUCACCCUCAAGUCUCAACCCUACUCCGCCGCUCUGAACUCCCCGUUCCGCCGCUCGCCGUUGGUUGCUUACCCUCCGGCACUCUCAACCCUGCUCUCACCCACCGCAAUACCAAGUUCUCAACACCGCCCUCACCCUCCGGAGUUCUCGACCCCACUCUCACCCUCCGGCGAUCUCAACCUCGCUCUCAGUCUCACACUCUCGAUUUUUUUUUCUUUUCUCAUUUCGAUCCACCCUAUCUUUCUUCAGUUUUUUUGUUGA